AUGACAGAGGGUGUGGCUGUUUGGUCAUCGCAGUACAGAUCUGACCAUAAUUUAGUGGCAAGUGAGGAAGAUCUAAAGAAACUAUUAACAAGGGCGUUAUUGUUCUCCCCACCAAUCUUCAUCCCAAAGAACUCACUACUUCUCCUCUCCACGAACCGCUUCUCUCUCCUCUCGGUCACUCGAGCUAACUCCUCCGACACUGGGAUAACCUCUCCUUCCACCGUCUCCAUGGACGUUAAAGAACCUCAUACAUCUACACCAGUUGUCAAGAAAGAAGAAGUCUUCGCCACGGAAGGUGAAGAGAUGAAGACGACGGAGCCUUUUACCAAAUUCGAGGAUGCGAGGUGGGUUAACGGAACAUGGGAUCUGAAACAGUUCGAGAAAGAUGGGAAAACAGAUUGGGAUGACGUCAUCGUUGCUGAGGCCUAGAGAAGAAAAUGGCUCGAAGAGAAUCCAGAGACCACGAGUAACGACGAGCCUGUGGUCUUCGAUACGUCGAUAAUCCCAUGGUGGGCUUGGAUGAAGAGAUACCACUUACCCGAAGCUGAGCUCCUUAACGGUCGUGCUGCGAUGAUAGGGUUCUUCAUGGCUUACUUUGUUGAUAGUCUUACUGGAGUUGGACUUGUUGAUCAAAUGGGGAACUUCUUCUGUAAAACACUGUUGUUCGUGGCUGUGGCUGUGGCUGGAGUUCUCUUCAUUCGCAAGAAUGAGGAUAUGGAUAAGUUGAAGAAGUUGUUUGAUGAGACGACGUUAUAUGAUAAACAAUGGCAAGCAGCCUGGAAAGAUGGUGAGGAGGACUCAUCAUCAUCAUUGGGUAUUUGGGUUCAAAGAAGUGAAAAGCGAAAACGGAGACUCUUGCUUCCUUUUUUUGGUUAUAUGAUGUUGUAA